AUGGCCGCCUUAAACUGUAACUUAAACGCAGUAUCAAUUAACAUAGCCAGUCCCCACAGUGUUCCGUUACUGCAGCUAAGCCUGAGCUCCUGUUCCAGUGACAGUAACGUUACCUGUUUGAACACUAGUCUUACCACUGAAACACAGACAACCUGAGCCUACAGAAGACGGUGAGAUCUCUUUUCUGCUGUCCCUCCCUUUUUCUGAGGAGGACCUGUCUGUCUCUGGCCACUACAGGAACACACUCCUGGACCAGAGCUUUUUUGGAAAAGUUCAGCCUCUCUCCUUCAGAUGA